CUGCGGAGCGCGCGGCCGCCGUCACCGCGGCGGCUGCCUUUCGUCCACUGCGCUUUAUUUCCAUUAUCGCCGUCCUCGGAAAGUCAUGGAAGACGGCCCCCUGCCAGACCUCAGAGACAUCGAGCUGAAGCUGGGGCGCAAAGUACCCGAGAGCCUAGUGCGCUCGCUCCGUGGGGAGGAGCCGGUUCCCGGGGACAGGGACAGGGACCCCUCCGGGGGGAGCUGCGGCGCCGGCGGCGGCGGCGGUAGUAGCAGCAGUAGCAGCUGCUGCAGCUUCCCUCCCUCCCUGUCGUCCUCCUCUUCGUCCUCCCCAACCUCUGGCUCCUCAAGAUGUAGCCACUCCAGCGCCCUGGAGAGGCUGGAAACCAAGCUUCAUCUCCUCAGGCAAGAAAUGGUUAACCUCAGAGCCACGGACGUCAGGCUCAUGCGCCAGUUGCUCAUUAUCAAUGAGAGUAUCGAGUCCAUCAAGUGGAUGAUUGAAGAGAAAGCCACCAUCACCAGCCGAGGCAGCAGCCUCAGUGGCAGCCUGUGCAGUCUGCUGGAGAGUCAGAGCACCUCCUUACGUGGCAGCUACAACAGCCUGCAUGACAGCAGUGAUGGGCUGGAUGGCAUCUCCGUGGGAAGCUAUCUGGACACUCUGGCAGAUGAUGUCCCAGGCCAUCAGACCCCUUCAGACUUGGACCAGUUCAGUGACAGCUCCAUCAUAGAGGAUUCCCAGGCACUGCACAAGCAUCCCAAAUUGGAUUCUGAGUACUACUGCUUUGGCUAAUGACUCAGUUUUUUUUUUUUUUUUUUUUUUUUUUUGCAUGGGACUGGUGUGCAAUUAACUUGUAUUUAUCCUUCUUCUCCGCUGCUAUAUUUUUGGUGUGUUUUUUUUUUUUUUAAUAAUGCAACCUUUUAAAAAGAAGCUUAUUUCAAAACUGCUUAAUGGCAUUUCUGUUGCUCCUAAUAUUCUCAUCUGGACUGAUUUGUUUUUCUCUGUUACAGCUCUAUUUUUAUUUAUUAUAUGGAUUUUUCUCCCUUCUUUUUACAGUGGCACAAAAUAGGGGGAAAAAAUAAGCAAUAAUUAUGUUUUUGCUUUUGUUUUCAGAGCAAGGGGUCAGGGAUUACAGAAAAACUUUGCUAAAUUUUACAAUAAACCAAAGUCUAAUAACAGUUAAUUUUGUUGCUUGUGUUCUUAAAUGAUGCAAAGAUUCAUCUG